AUGGCCCCAGAGACGUACGCGUCUCGGUGGCGCUUCCGUUUCGAAGCGUCUAGUAGUGCUUGGACAACGAUCCCACGUCUGGCAAUCCACGGUCCGACCCAUGUGACGAGCUUCGAGCCACAGACGAAUAUUGUGAGCGCUAUCGAUGCAAAAUAA